GAACUCUUCACUCGCCAAGGAAGAAACAGAGCACUCUGUUUUCCUCUCUCUCCCUCCCAUCCCCAGCUCCAGAGGCCCCUCAAAUGGCGUACCCCAUCUCUCUCUUCGUCCUCCUCUUCAUUGCGCACCACUCCUCCGUCUCCUCCUCCUCCGCCCCCAUCUUCCUCCCUCUCACCCACUCCCUCUCCGCCUCCCGGUUCAACACCACCCACCACCUCCUCAAGUCCGCCUCCGCCCGCUCCGCCGCCCGCUUCCUCCACCACCGCCUUGGCCGCCACCUCUCCCACGGCGGCCGCCGCCAGGUCUCCCUCCCUCUGUCCCCGGGCAGCGACUACACCCUCAGCUUCACCCUCAACUCCCACCCUCCCCAGUCCGUCUCUCUCUUCAUGGACACCGGCAGCGACCUCGUCUGGUUCCCUUGCGCUCCCUUCGACUGCAUCCUCUGCGAGGGCAAGCCGAAUCCCAACCGACGCAACCCCAUCGUCGCCCUUAACUUCUCCUCCACCUCCGCCGUCUCUUGCAAGUCCGCUGCAUGCGCGGCCGCCCACUCCUCUCCCUCCUCCUCUGACCUCUGCGCUGCUGCUCGCUGCCCGCUCGAGUCCAUUGAAAUCUCCGACUGCGCCUCCUUCUCUUGCCCACCGUUUUACUACGCCUACGGCGACGGCAGCUUCAUCGCCACCCUGUAUCGCCACUCCGUUUCCAUGCCGACGUCUCCUCCUGCCUUAGUCCUUCGUAAUUUCACCUUCGGGUGUGCCCACUCAGCCCUUGGAGAGCCGGUCGGAGUCGCUGGGUUCGGCCGGGGCUCCCUCUCUUUGCCAGCUCAGCUCGCUCGCUUGUCGCCCCAGUUGGGCAACCGGUUUUCGUAUUGUUUGGUGUCUCACUCUUUCGAGCCGGACCGAGUUCGCCGGCCGAGCCCACUCAUCCUAGGGCGGAAGGAGAAAGUGUUGAGCAACGAGGAGGCAGAGUUCGUGUACACCGAGAUGCUCGACAACCCAAAGCAUCCGUACUUCUACUGCGUCGGGCUGGAGGGGAUCUCCGUGGGCCGGAAGCAUAUCCCGGCGGCGGAGAAUUUGAGGGCGGUGGACCGCCGGGGGAACGGAGGGAUGGUAGUCGAUUCAGGGACAACCUUCACCAUGCUGCCUGCGGGCCUGUACGGCUCGGUGGUCGCCGAGUUCGAGCGGCGGCUCGGCCAAGUCCAUGAGCGGGCAACCGGAAUAGAAGACAAGACGGGGCUGAGCCCGUGCUACUACUUGGACAACGACACGAUAGCGAGCGUGCCUACUGUUACGUUGCAUUUCGUGGGGCGGGGGUCCAGUGUGGUGCUUCCCAGGAGGAAUUAUUUCUACGACUUCAUGGACGGUGGCGAUGGCAGCGGGAGGCGGUCGCGCGUGGGGUGCUUGAUGCUGAUGAACGGCGGGGACGAGGCCGAGUCGGAAGGCGGGCCGGUGGCGACCCUGGGGAAUUAUCAGCAGCAGGGUUUUGAGGUGGUUUAUGACCUGGAGAAGCGAAGGGUGGGGUUUGCCCGACGGCGCUGUGCGUCCCUGUGGGACAGCCUCAACCAACACUAGGCGGCGCACGGCUGCAUCGACGUUCGGUCAAAGGUAGCCGGUCGGGGUCAUUUGAACCGGGAUGCAUAAGAUACUCGGUUUGACUGUUCCGAACCGGGGGAGGGGAAAUGUGCAGUUUUUGUAAAGUUUUUGUAAUGUACAGCUUCCUUUUGUACAAAUCGUCAAUCGAAUUAGUGAAUAUGUCUGGGGAAAGUACUGUUGAUAGUGUUCAUAUUGGAAUCAACCAGAGAAAGUGCAAUAAAAUUGAUCGGAACGAAGAGUUUUGAUCA